AUGGAGGAAUGUAAGGGAAGAGUGUGUGUGACAGGAGGUGCAGGGUUUAUUGGUUCUUGGCUUAUCAUGAAGCUCCUUCACAAUGGUUACUUUGUUCAUACCACUGUCAGACCCGAUCCAGAGCAUAAAGAAGAUCCUAGCUUUCUUUAUGACUUACCUGGAGCAUCCCAAAGGCUACAAGUUUUCAACGCUGAUCUCAAGAACCCACAAAGUUUCAGUUCUGCCAUCGAAGGGUGCAUUGGAGUUUUCCAUGUUGCUACCCCUGUUGACUUUGAAUUAAGUGAACAUGAGGAAGUAGUGACCAAAAGGACCAUUGAUGGUGCACUAGGCAUUUUGAAGGCAUGCCUCAGCUCUAAGACUGUGAAGCGAGUUAUUUACACUUCUAGUGCCUCUGCUGUGAGUUUCAAUGGCAAAGAAGAACAAUUGAUGGAUGAAAGCUCUUGGAGUGAUGUGAAUUAUCUUAGAGCUUCAAAGUUGUCUGCUUGUUCUUAUGCAAUUUCAAAGACAUUGACUGAAAAGGCAGUACUUGAAUUUGGAGAAGAGAAUGGAUUGGAUGUUGUGACAUUGGUUCCAACUUUUGUUUUUGGACCAUUCAUUUGUCCCAAGCUUCCUAGCUCAGUCAGUGAUACAUUGGAUUUUGCAUUUGGGAACAAAAGUCCAUUUGGUUUGGUACUUGAAACACCCAUGGUGCAUGUGGAUGAUGUGGCUAGAGCUCAUAUAUUUUUGCUAGAACAUUCUAAUCUAAAAGGGAGGUACAUUUGCUCACAGUGUUUGGUCACUUUUGAAAGGAUAUCUGAACUUGUUUCUGCCAAAUACCCAAAAUUUCAUCCACCAACUGACUCAUUAAAACAAAUUAAAGCUGUCAAGAUACCAGAUUUAUCUUCGAAGAAGCUCACAGAUGCCGGAUUUGUAUUCAAGUAUGGGCUUGAGAAAAUGGUUGAUGAUGCAAUUCAAUGCUGCAUUGAAAAGGGUUACCUGUGA